CUUCCCUUAAUCUCUCCCAUAAGAUUUCACCAAAAUAAACAUAUAUAGCAAGCUAGCUAAAGUAGUAGCAGUGGCAGUAGACGUAGAAGAAUCUCUUCAAAGUCAUGCACACAGCUACCUUUCUUUCUUUUGUUUGUUUCUCUCCUUCUUCACUCUUGUCUUACCUGCAAGUCUGCGCUCUGCAAUUGUACCUUCUCUUCUUCUUCUUCUUCUCCUUCCCCUUCUGUUCUCUCAUUCAAAACUACUUUCCAUCUUCUUUUCUCUAUUAAUUAGUUGGUACUCAAGAGUUUGAUUUUCGGUUCAGAUCAUAUGACCGAGUCCCUUCCCUUCCUCUCCUUAAAACUUGUAUAAGAUAAAGGACAGAAGUGACUAAUUUUUUUUUCAAUUUUGGCAUCUUCUUUUAUCUGACUUAUUUUGUUAGCAAAGAGAGAUACCUGGAGUAUUAGAAAGAGAAUAGGCUCUGAUCUGGUGGUGAUCAAUAUACAGUUGCAAGAAUGGCUGCCCCGCUUAGUAGUCGCUUGCAGACUAUGCUGCAGGCUGCGGUGCAAUCUGUACAAUGGACUUACAGUCUGUUUUGGCAAAUGUGUCCACAACAAGGGAUCUUAGUGUGGGGAGAUGGGUAUUACAAUGGACCAAUCAAGACUAGAAAAACAGUGCAGCCAAUGGAGGUUAGUACUGAAGAAGCCUCCUUGCAAAGGAGCCAGCAGCUUAGAGAGCUCUACGAUUCAUUGUCUAUAGGAGAGACCAACCAGCCAGAACGGAGGCCUUGCGCUGCCUUGUCACCGGAAGACUUAACGGAGACUGAAUGGUUUUAUCUGAUGUGUGUGUCCUUCUCUUUCUCUCCUGGUGCUGGGUUACCAGGAAAGGCCUACGAUAGGAAACAACAUGUGUGGCUGACAGGUGCAAACGAUAUUGAUAGCAAAACUUUCUCUAGAGCUAUCCUUGCCAAGAGUGCUGGAGUUCAGACUGUGGUAUGCAUCCCUCUCCUUGAUGGCGUGGUUGAAUUUGGAACAACCGACAAGGUGAAAGAGGAUCUUGGGUUUAUCCAACACGUAAAAUCCUUUUUUAGUGACCACCACCACCUUCCUCCGCCAAAACCAGCUUUAUCCGAGCACUCCACUUCCAACCCUGCCACCUCAUCAGACCAUCCUUACUUAUAUUCUCCACCCAUUCCUCCCUUCUAUGUGGCUGCAGACCCACCAGCCAAUGCGGGCCAAAUGAAUGAGGAUGAUGAAGAAGAAGAAGAAGAUGAAGAAGAUGACGAGGAUGACGAAGAGGACCAGGAGUCAGACUCGGAAGCUGAAACCAGUCGCGAAGCUCUCUUAGAACCGUGUCAGGCUCAAAACCCUCUUCAAGUGGCAGUAGUUGAGCCGAGCGAGUUGAUGCAACUUGAGAUGUCUGAGGGUAUCAGGCUUGGUUCUCCUGAUGAUGGAUCUAAUAAUUUGGACGUGGAUUUUCCUUUGAUUAACCCAGAGAGCCUGAUGGAUCACCAGAGCCGAGCUGACUCGUUUAGAACGGAGUCUGCCCGGAGGUGGGCGCCAAUGUUGCAAGACAACCCUUUCAGUGGUAGCCUUCAACCAUCAGCUUCAGGAUCGCCUACGCUAGAAGACUUGGCGCAAGAGGACACGCACUACUCCCAAACGGUCUCCACCAUCCUCCAAAACCAGACAAUUGAGCUUGCAGCAGAGCCAUCGCUAAAUGCAUACGAGGCAUACUCCAACCAAUCAGCUUUUGCCAAGUGGAUGAACCUCACGGAUCACUGCCUCAACGUACCAGUCGAGACCACCUCCCAAUGGCUACUAAAGUACAUUCUAUUUACCGUACCAUACCUUCACAGCAAAUACCGGGAAGAAAAUUCCCCAAAGUCACGUGACGGUGACGCAACCAAUAAGUUCCGCAAGGGGACCCCACAAGAUGAGCUCAGUGCCAAUCACGUGCUGGCCGAACGACGCCGUAGAGAGAAGUUAAACGAGAGGUUCAUAAUAUUAAGGUCGCUAGUGCCAUUCGUGACCAAAAUGGAUAAAGCAUCAAUAUUAGGGGACACGAUUGAAUACGUGAAGCAAUUACUUAAGAAAAUUCAGGAUUUGGAGGCAUGUAAUAAACAGAUGGAGAGUGAGCAACGUUCAAGAUCGGUGGACCCACCACAGACGAUAACUACUUCCACUAGUUUGAAAGAGCAAAAUAAUGGGAUCACAGUGGUGGACCGGGCUAGGAGUGUUGGCCCAGGAUCAGAUAAGAGGAAGAUGAGGAUUGUGGAGGAUUAUACUACUGGCCGUGCCCAGCCCAAAUCGGUGGAUUCAUUGCCAUCGCCAGAGCCGAUGGUCGAUGUAGAACCGGAGAUCAGCGUAGAGGUGUCGAUAAUAGAGAGUGACGCAUUAAUAGAGUUGAAAUGUGGCUACAGAGAGGGGCUUUUACUUGACAUAAUGCAAAUGCUGAGGGAGCUCAGGAUAGAAACUAUUGCAGUCCAGUCUUCUUCGAACAAUGGGAUCUUUGUAGGGGAAUUGAGGGCCAAGGUGAAGGAGAAUGUUAGUGGAAAGAAGUUGAGCAUUGUGGAGGUGAAGAGGGCAAUACGUCAAAUAAUACCCCAUGAUUGAGUAGAGACGUUCGCUGUAUAUUUAGGGAAACCCGACGAACGAACUGACAUUUUUCAUUCUGAUAAAUUAUGCUUACUUGUGUAUAA